AUGGUACCUCCUGUGGGUGUAAGCAAAGAGGCAGGAGGAAGUGGGCGUUCGCCUGGAGUGGAGAAACCGCAGGCCCAGGCAAGGGCUGGCUUCUACUGCCCGCAAGAGCGCGGUCACGGACCGGAGGCCGUGGAGCUGGGAGGCACGGCCCGGGCCCUGGGCCCUGGCCCGCUCCGCGCGUGCCUGCGCUUCAGGACCCUCGCUGCCCGGGCUGCUGACACCUGUCCAGAGGUGAAGCUGGUGGGUCUGGAGGGCUCCGACAAGCUGUCCGUCCUCCAAGGCUGCCCAGGGCUGCCCGGAGCCCCAGGGCCCAAGGGAGAGGCAGGCGCCAGUGGACUGAAGGGAGAACGAGGUUCGCCCGGAGUCCCUGGGAAGGCAGGGCCGGCCGGACCCAAAGGAAGCACAGGAGCCCGAGGGGAGAGGGGUGCACAUGGAGAGAAAGGAGAGCUGGGGCAGCUCCAUUCGUGUGCCACUGGACCUCGGACCUGCAAGGAGCUGCUCACCAGGGGGCACUUCCCGAGCGGCUGGAACACCAUCUACCUGCCCGACUGCCGGCUGACAGUGCUGUGUGACACGGAUACGGACGGCAGGGGUGCCGUUUUCCAGCGAAGGAGGGGCGGCCCUGGGGGCUUCUUCCGGACCCGGACCACGUACACGCAGGGCUUCGGCAGUCAGCCGGGCAAGUUCUGGCCGGGGAGUGACAACAUCCACACCCUGACCGCCCGGGGAACCAGUGAGCUCUGGGUAGACCUCGUGGACUUUGAGGGCAACCACCGAUUUGCCAAGCACCGGUCAUUCAGGAUGGCGGGUGAAGCUGAGAGGCACAAGCUGGUCCUGGGGGUCUUUGUGGAGGGCGGUGCAGGUGAUUUCCUGACGGACCACAGAAGUCACUUCUUCUCCAUCAAAGACCGCGACAGUGAUAACGGCGCCUCUAGCUGUGCCGUGCAGUUCCAGGGGGCCUGAUGGCACCACGCCUGUCACUCGGCCAGCCUGAACGGCCGCUGCCUCGAGGGGCAGCACACAGGCCAUGCCAACGGCAUCAACUGGAAGUCGCGGGGAGGGUACAACUACAGCUGCAAGGUUCGGAGAUGA